UCCUCGUGUCUAUAUUGGUGGAACUUUUGGUCGUAGCAAAACAUGCUUUGGUGACUUUCUUAUUACUGAAUUGAUCAAGAGAAAUCAUACAGUUGUCAUUCAAACUAUUCAUAAUCCAGGUAUCCUAUAUAUUUGUCAAAAUGGAGAAGGUACUCUAGUUGAAAAAUCUGCCUCAAUAAGAGAAUUGGAAAAUUUUGACAAUUGGUACAUCUGUGAUGGAGUAAAACCACGUCAUGCAAGUGCAAGAUCAGUUCUAAUUUCUUCCUCUUCCUCUAAGGAGAGUAUUAGAAAUGAAUUUAUGAAAUGGAAUGAUGACGAUAGGAAAGAUUUGCCAAGCUUACCCGAAUGCUUAUAUAUGCCAACAUGGUCUUUUGAUGAAUUAAUGGACUGUCAUGAACGAUGUUAUCCUAAUAUAAGCAUAGACAAUCUUCGUUCAUUAUUUGCGAUUUCCCAAACAAAUUGA